AUGUCUUCAUUUAUUUAAUGGAUCUUGGAGAAUAUAAGGGAACGAAAGCUUGACGGCAAGGGAACGAAUAAAGUACGAUGGAGUCCUUUCUUCUACUGGGGACGGGGAGCGGGGGGUCUUCAUUUUUUUUUUUUAAAACCUUCGGCUCUCAGUAGGGACAAAAUUCAAUUCGCUUUUCAUUCUUCCCUUCGCGCUUUUAUUUUAUAGAGAGAAACAGAGGACAAGAGAAGAGGAGAGGAGAGGAGAUACCAUCUGUCGCCUCUCUUCUCUCAUCAGUCUCAUGGAGCUUCCGGUGAUAGAUCUGGCCCCUUACCUGGACUUCGUUGCUUCGUCGGAUGAGCAUUCAAGCCUCGACCCGAAACUGAGAAGUCUCUGCGAAGAGGUGAGCCGGAGCCUGAGGGAGACCGGAGCCCUUCUCGUCAAGGAUCCGAGAUGUUCCGCCGAAGACAACGAUCGCUUCAUCGAUAUGAUGGAGAAGUAUUUCCAGCGUCCCGAUGACUUCAAGCGCCUUCAAGAGCGUCCCCACCUUCACUACCAGGUUGGGGUAACACCUGAAGGAGUUGAAGUUCCACGCAGUCUGGUUGAUGAAGAAAUGCAGGGAAAACUACGAGCAAUGCCGAAGGAGUUUCAACCAUCCAUCCCCAUAGGACCAGAUCCUAAGUGGCGAUACAUGUGGAGAGUGGGUCCUCGACCAUCAGAGACCCGUUUUCAGGAACUAAAUUCUGAGCCUGUUGUUCCGGAGGGAUUUCCGGAAUGGAAAGAUACAAUGAACUCUUGGGGAUACAAAAUGAUAUCUGCAAUUGAGGCUGUGGCUGACAUGGCAGCAAUUGGGUUUGGCUUGCCCAAGGAUGCCUUCACAUCUCUUAUGAAGCAGGGACCACAUCUGCUUGCUCCAACAGGCAGUGACCUUGAACGACAUGGCCAGGAGGGAACUGUGUUUGCAGGAUAUCACUAUGACCUUAACUUUCUGACAAUUCAUGGUAGAAGUAGAUUCCCUGGUCUAAAUAUUUGGCUAAGAAAUGGGCAAAAAGUAGAAGUGAAGGUUCCAAUAGGAUGCCUUCUCAUUCAGACGGGAAAGCAGAUAGAAUGGUUGACUGCAGGGGAUUGCAUGGCUGGCAUGCAUGAAGUUGUUGUUACUAAUAGGACAAUUGAUGCAAUUAAUUCGGCAUGUCAACAAAAUCGCAGUCUAUGGAGAGUAUCCUCAACUUGUUUUGCCCACAUAGCAUCCGAUGCUGUGCUAAAGCCUUUAGGCCAUUUUUCUGAGUUUCCACAUGCUUACAAGUAUCCGCCUAUUUGUACGGGAGACUAUGUUGAACAAGAGCUUGCGGUUAUCAAUCUCAAAGGAAGUAAAGGGAAUACUUGAUAACUGGUAAACAGAAAUCCUCCAUUGUUUCUCUAAUGAAGCGAGCAGCAUAUUGAGGGUGUUCAAUGACACAAAUUCCCUUGCUCAAGGCUGAAAAAAUAGCAUAUUAUUUUUGUCAGCCAGAAAUACCAUCUGGAACAUAUUUAAGCCCCUACGUAUUUCUAAUUUGAUCGUUCUUGGUUGUUUCUGAACAUAAAAUGUGACAAUAUGUUUGGAUAAGUUGUAAUCAUACACAUUGAAAUUUUUAUGGAACUUCAAAAUUUCUAGUAGA